GUCUAGGUGAACAAUAUCCUGUCGCAAGGGGUAACGAGAUUUGCGUUACACAUGGAUCACGCUAUUGACGUGACUCAACGUGCAACGACGGUGGGAUUAGACCGUGACAAUGUCGUGUUCUCUCCGUUAAAUCUGGCAGGAACUCUGGCAGUUGUGCUGCUGGGUUCCGGCGGCAGGACUUUUGAUGAAAUAGCCAGCAUACUUGGAUUUGAAGCCGGCGUCGACAUAUCAGGACACUCGGAAAUUGUGCAUCACAUGUUUGGUAUCUUAUUAAAUUCAAUAAAAUUGGCCAGCGGCACCGGCAUCGAUGAUACAUCUAUUGAACCAAUAAAACACAAUUGUUUACCCAAGACCAGCUCAUCGGGUUUUUAUCCUCUGUGGAUAAGCCCGGAGAUGUCAAAAAUAAAUAUAGCGGUGAUACUAUUUGUAUUGACGGUGGGCGUUGAUUUACAAAUAAUAUUCCCCGAAGAUUUUGAACCUACGAUUCCACAGGCUUAUUAUGGAAAUGGAGGUCAACAUCGUCGACCUUUCCCGUCGUUUAGUGUUGCGAGUUUACCGCCAAUACAAAAUAUACGACCGCCAAUUAAUUUUGAUGGAGGUAAUAUCAAUAAAGUCACUGCUGAAGCAAGACCAUUUAUCCAUAAUACGAUGACCGGUGAAGAAAGAUAUUGGAGCGAUCACGUGAACAAUAUCCUGUCGCAAGGGGUAACGAGAUUUGCAUUACACAUGGAUCACGCUAUUGACGUGAAUCAACGUGCAACGACGGUGGGAUUAGACCGUGACAAUGUCGUGUUCUCUCCGUUAAAUCUGGCAGGAACUCUGGCAGUUGUGCUGCUGGGUUCCGGCGGCAGGACUUUCGAUGAAAUAGCCAGCAUACUUGGAUUCGAAGCCGGCGUCGACAUAUCAGGACACUCGGAAAUUGUGCAUCACAUGUUUGGUAUCUUAUUAAAUUCAAUAAAAUUGGCCAGCGGCACCGGCAGUCCACAAACGUCGGAAAUUUUCUCAGCCGGUAGUAUUUUUGUACAGUCCGGCUACUCUAUACGCCCUGAAUUCGCAGCAAUCGCUCGUGACGUUUACAAAAAUGACGUUAUCAAUGUCGAUUUUCUUCACGAACCCUCCUUAGCACAAAGUAUCAUUAAUAAUUGGGUUAACUCAAAGACACGAGGAAAAAUAAAUAGCAUCUUACCCGAGCCACCUAGUCGUGCCAGUAAAGUUAUUUUAGCUUCCGCAUUGUACUUCAAUGGCGAAUGGAAUCAACAUUUUUUUAAAGGCGCUACCAAAAGAAAACCGUUUUAUCUCGCAUCAGGACAGACAAUUAAUGUCGAUAUGAUGUAUAAUGGCGGUGAAUUUCCAUUUUACGAAGACAAACAGCUCGGAGUUAAAAUCCUCGGCUUACCUUACAGAGACAGCGAUUCCGCAAUUACUGGGUAUUCAUUAAAGUCCGAGGCAACAAUGUACGUGUUACUACCAACAGGAACGGGCUCAAAUGCUUUGAAUGACCUAGAAUCCCGCAUCACUCCAGACGUAAUAAAUUCAUUAAUAAAUAAAAUGAUAAAUUCGACUUGUAUAAUAGCGAUUCCACGAAUGAAACUAUCGAGUACAUUGAGUUUAAAUCGCGCAUUACAAUCACUCGGGCUCACUUCACUGUUUACUCCGGGUGCAGCUAAUCUGGGAUUACUAUCAACUGGUUUAAAUAAUGAACCAAAUCCAUCCACAAGUGAUCCCAUUAUUUUCUCGAGGAUCAAUACCGAUGAUGAUGAUACUGAUCCUGUGACCCCGACCACCAGCAACGCAGGCACCACCGGAGAUGGGACUAGUGGCAGUACCGUUAAUGGAAAAGACUUUUCUGGGAAGAAUAAUUACUUCAGGUACAAAGAUUUACAAGGUGGCUAUGAUAUUCAGCAAUGGGAUAAUGGAGUUUAUCUGGAAAAAAUUCACAGAACCAUUCAAAAGCGACAAGUCGAUGUGUCUAGCUCGGGAAAAUUGGGGGAUAAUAAACCAGCGGAAAUCAAUCAGCAGACGAGUACUUCCUCGUUUUCAAGGUCUCCGUCGUCUUCAACCUCAACGACCUCAUCAACGCCCUCGUUCUUCAAUCACGAUAAAAAUCCAGUUAAAGUUACUCAAGAUAAAAAUGAAACUACUCAGCGUCGCAGUAAAAGACAAAGUCGUCCGAUUGAUGCCGGGUUUCUGCGGUUUAUCGAGGCCAAAGGAUUUCCGUCUUAUGGUUUAGAUGCACUACGUAACAGCGCAAACUUUGUUAAUCCUGGUUUGUAUGCAUCAGAUGUACUUCAUAAAGUUGAAAUAGACAUUACUGAAACUGGGACUGUCGCUGCUGCGGCAACGGGAGUUAUAAUUGCUAAAUCUGGGGGUCAAAAAAUAUUAAAUGCAAAUCGGCCAUUUUUGUUUUUCAUAAGACAUGAUCCUUCUCGUUUAAUUUUAUUCUGGGGAACUGUUAAUAAACCGACUCCUCAUUAUUAAUUCUUUACACUGUAAAAAGAGCGGUGUUUAAAUACCGGUAUUAAAUCGGUCUAAAAAAAAAUUCCACGCAUAAAAAUUAGAAAAAAAAUGUAUUCGAUAAAAAAAAAUAUAAAAAUUUAAUGAAUAUUAUCUGGGGAAAUUUAAAUUUUCAUGUGGACUUAUUUAAAUAAUUAUUUAUAUUAUGCGUAAUUUAUUUGAAAAUUACGCAAUUUUAUGGCCACCAUUUCUAUCACCAAUAAUUUAAUUAAUUAAUAAAAAUACUAAUUAACGGUAGUGAUCGAGUAAGUAAAAAUAUUUACAAAGUUAAAUAUUUCGAACACUGAAAAAUUUUUUAACACUGGGAAAUUUUUUUAACACCGGUAAAGAAUAUUUACACCUUUGGCGGUAUUAUUUUAACACCGCCGAAGAUGUUGAAAUUCAACACCCAAAAUUUUAUGAUACUGAAGUUAGCUGACGUCCAAUAAUUUUUGGAUUUUUCUUUAAACAAUAAAUUAUUAAAAAAAAAAAAUUUUUUUUAAAUUGCACCUAUAGUUUAUUAAAUUUUCUACAUGGACAUAUUUUUAUUUUUUUUUUUUAAAUUAAGUCGUUGAAACAAAAAUUCGAAAAUUUUUAACUGUCUGCCAACUUCAGGAUCAUAAAAUUUUAACACCCACAUCGCUUGGACUUACUCCGUUUUUUUUACAGUGUACAAAUAUAUCAAAGUUUUCUUACAUUACCACUUGUCCACCGAAAUUUAUUAUUAUAUUAUUACAUGGAGAGAAAAAAUAACUUUUAGAAAUAUUAAAUUAUCUUCUCACAAGAAAUUAUGCCUGGAAAUUUUUAAUAAGAUGUAUUUUUAUCGCCAAAAUUUAAAGAUUUCAUUGAAAAUUAUUUUCUUAAUCAAAGAAAUCAAAGUUCAAAUCGGAAAAUGCUGAUCUGCUUUUUUCCGAAUGUAAAAAAAUUUCGAUUCCCUUCUGUCAAAAAAAUCAGUUUUCAAUUCAAAUAUUGAAUUAAUGAUGUACUAUUUCCUAUUGAUUCACUACUCAGGAAAAUUGUCUUUCGAAAAUUAUUUUUUUCCAGUGUAAUAAUUAAGCCAUCAUUUUUUUUCCAAUUUUACAUAUAGAUAAAUAAUUAAAAUUUUUUAGAAGCUGUAAUCAUAAAUUAGUAUUUUUAUACUGCCUAGUUUUUUACAUAAGCUAAUACCAAAGCUUAAGUAUAUUUAUUUAUAUUUAAUUUUAAAUUUAAUAUAAAAGUAUAAAGAUCAAAAUGGAAAAUUUUUCCGUUUUACUUACCGCGAUUCUUUUUUUCGUAGACAGUACGAACGAAAUAUAAAUUGGGAUUCCCGGGAAAAAUAUUCACAGAUGAUUAUAUGUUGAUAUUUAUGAGUUGUAAUCAUUAAUAAUAUAAUUUAUGGUUACUAUAUAUAUAAAUUAGAAAAUCUUUUACAGAAAAUUUAUCUCUAUAAUCAGAUAUGCAUCUGAAAUACUACCUUACGACAGAAUCACGAACCGCAAUUUAUAAUUCGCUGGUAUCACUAAAUCAGUAGCAUUAGUCUGUAGAUCUACGUGCCCAAAAUAAAUCAAAUAUAUAUACAUACAUAUAUAUAUAAUUACUUAUUAAUACCAUUACUUAUAGGUAAGUCGUAAUCAACUAUAGUUGAGUCCGUAAAAGAAAAUGAUCUUUUCUCUCACCAUUUUUCUACAAUUAAGUCAUUACUGCGAAUGCGCGGUAGUGCGAAUUCCUGGAUUUCAUCAUAGCCAAGUAGUGGGUGAAAAAAAUUAUUCUUUUGCGGACUUAAGGGUAUUCUGAGACAUUGCCCCCCCCCCCCACUUUUUAAAAAUAUGCAAUGACUUUCAGCUGUCAACUGUAGUAAAAUUUUAUUAACUAAUUAAAACCUUAAUUGAAAAAAAGAAAAUUUCGCCGAAAUAUAGAAUUUGAAAAAAAUUACUUAAUGCUGUUAUCGAGUAGGAGUUAAACAAAAUUUGUUGUAUAAAUUUUAGCCUACAAAAUUUGAAAAUUUUAAUUAUAAAAUUGACAUGAUUUUACUGAAAUUCACUUUCCAAAUUUCGUUUAACUUCUGAUUGAUAUCAACUGUAAGUAAUUUUUAAAAAAUUCUAUAUCUCGACGAAAUGUCUACUACGUUGUCCUUUAUUUAAUUUUUUUUAAUCAAUUGAUAAAAUUAUGAUUCGCUUAUGACAAUUGCAAGUCAUUGAAAGUUUUUAAAAAGUAGGGGCACUGUCUGAGAACUACUUAUUAAAAUUUUUAACCUACGAAAAAAAAUAGUCUUCUUAUAAAAUUAGAUGUGAAUUUGAAUCAAGAACAAAUAAUAUAAAUGAGGGAAAGUCGACCAAUAAAUGGAUAUUCAAGAAUGAGUGUGAAUGUAGCAAACGUCAGACAAAAUUAUAAUUAUCAAUAAUUACAUUAAAUAAUAAAAAAAAUAAUAUUUAUAAAAAAUGCAUUUAUUAAUUUUUAAAUUUUUUAAAUGCGCAUUUUUUUUAAAUUUAAUUUUAUGAAUUAUUUAGUCUCUUUAUUAGUAAUUUUUAAUUCGUCUGAUGUCUCUUACAUUUACACUCAUUAUUCAAGAAAUUUUCUAGUUUUCGAAAGGAAUAACUCAUACGAAAAAAUGUUGGUUAGUUAAAUGUAAGACUAGAAGUCGUCCAUUUAUUCAUCGAGUUGCCCUAUCAAAUUUUAGACAAAAAUAUAUGAUCCUGAAGUUAACAGACAAAUUAUUUUUGGAUUUUUUUUCUAAUCAAUAACAAAAAAAAAUAAAAUUAAAAAUAUGCACAUGUAGAAAAUUCAAAAAUAUCUCGGUACAAUUUUUCAAAAUAUUUUUUUUUUUAAAUUACCGCUUUAGAAAAAUCCCAAAAAUUAUUAGAUGUCAGCAAACUUCAGUAUCAUAAAAAUAUUACGUUUUGAAUUAAAAAUUUUUUAAUAAUUUAAAUAUUAGUGCCUGACAACUGCAAUAUUAAAAAUAUAUAUAUAUAUAUAUAUAUAUAUAUAUAUAUAUAUAUAUUUAGUAAUAAUAAUAAUAAUAAUAAUAAAUAAUAAAAAAAUAUUUAUUAUUUAUUUCUUCUAAUCAUCAGCGGAUGAUAAAAUACAACUAAUAAAAUA